CAACUGCCGGUUCUCGGCAGUACUUUCCUCACGAUCUGACAGCGUGAGGAAAGUGCAGCCGAGAACCGGCACUUGCAUUUCCCUGUGAUCAGCGUGUCAUUGGACACCGCUGAUCACGUGGUAAAAGGCCGAGCAGGGAUCGGCACCGAUCAUCAGGGCACUGAUGAUCAGUGCUCUGAUGAUCGGUGCCCAGCAGUGCCACCCACCAGUUCCGCCCACCAGUGCCCGGCAGUGCCACCCAGCAGUGCACCCACCUUUGCCCAGCAGUGCCACCUACCUGUGUCCAGACAUGCCACCUACCUGUGCCCAGCAGUGCCACCCACCUGUGCCCACCAGUACCACCCACCUGUGCCCACCAGUGCCCAUCAAUGCAGUGCUGCCAGUCAGUGCCCAACAG